ACUAUGUUUGAUAAAGCACUACGUAUACAUGUGAAGCUGUAUGGAAGUAUCCAACAAGAAUGUUUUGCAGAGUUUCUCACCAUCCUCAAGGGUUAUCAGAAACAUUUAAAUAACUUCCUUCAACACUGUAAAAACACGAGAGUCUGCAAGAAUUAUUACCUGCAUGUAAUAGAAAUAAUAGAAGGAUGCCACAACCUCAGAGAAUACUUAUGCCAGUUGCCUAACUAUUCUGAUGAAACCAAACAAGCAACAGUGAUACUUUCAUCAGUAGAACGUGAAACAUGCAAACUGAUAGUACAGGACCUCUGCAGUGAAUUCAAGCCAAUAUUGAAAAGGCAUUUUAGCAAGGAAGAACACGAUUUUGAAACUGAUAUCAGUCAAGUUUUAAGUAAAUGCUUUCACAGUGUUGUUCAGAGGCAGUCCAGCAUCUGUAAGGCACUGGUUGAGUCUGCAUAUAAAAGAAUCAGUCAACUAUAUGUUGAAACACUUCUCAACAGCUCUGUAAAGUCUACCUCUCCCACAUGGAGGAAUAUUGCAGAUACAAUCUGUAAUGACACAAAUGCAUUGCAAAAUACAUUUCAGUGCUUUAAUGAUGGGGCUAUUUUGCCAAAUGACCACUUGAUGGAUGUUGCUGAAAUAAUCAAGACAAAUGAUUGUGAAGCACUUAAGCUUCUUGUUGGAGUCCUAAAACACAAAAACCCACAUUUCAGGAAAGAACAUCUGCUUGCAGUCCUAAAAAUCAAAGGAAAUGUCAAAUGGAGGGAAAGGAAUGUAGUUUUGCAAUAUCUGAAGGAUGAGCAAGAAGAACCUGCCAGAAGCUCUGACCAUUGUUUCUUCAGGGAAAUAAAAAUUAAAAAGUCGUUUUGUUUAUUUUGUAUAUGCUGUUUAUGUUGAUAUGAACAUACAUCAUUGUUACAGGUCAAUUUUAUAUUUGAACAGGCAAAAUUAUUUAUGUCUAUAAAAUACCUAAGCAAUUUGUAAGGUCCUCUUUAGCAUGGUAUAUUAAUUUCUAAAAUAAAGUUAAUCCAGGCUCAGUUUUGUAAAAACAAAAGUAAAAAAAAAAAGCC